AUGAGCAGGCUGACCUCGUGGUUCCGGCCCUCGGGCGCUGUAACACCAAACAGCACCCCCGACGGCGCCUCAAACCCUAGCACAGACCAGGAUGUCGAAAAAAUGUUUCGUGCGACGGACAAGAUGCUCAUCAUGGAGGAUGCUCUCGCCGCGGCAGGUCUCAUGAUGAACGAUGACAUUGACGGUGCCGUCGAGGCUCUCGGCAAGAAUGACUCGGUAUUUCACCUGCUCGGUCUCGGCGUCACGCGCUUCAUGCGAUCGGUGCUCGGCUUUGAAAAGGACGUCAUGGCCGAGGCGUCCUCGACCCUCGCCGAGUGCGAGACGCGCGCCUGGAGCGACAUGAAGACGGCCCAGCGCAAGGCUGAGAAGCACAGCACCGUCUACCCGCCCGGGACAGAGUACUCGCUCGUCGUCGCGCAGAGUCAGCUCAUGUCGGCCGUCGUGUCCGUGCUGCACGAGAGCUUGACGGAGGGCCUCAAAGGUUUCUACAAGCUGAGGAAGGCCUACGUCAGUCUCGACGCCAUCAUCCAGGCCGAGGACAAGGUUCUGGGGACUUCAACGCGCCAAGUGCCUCCUCUGGAGAAGACGGCCACCAACGAGCAAAUGCCCGGCAGCUUUGACGAUGACGAGUUUGUCGAUCUGAGCGCUGCCGCCGACGACAGUGACGAGUUUGUCGACGCCAAGGAGACGCCGGGGCAGUCUGGUGCGCAGACGCCGGCGGACCUCGAGAAGGACUUGCAGAAGCUCCAAGUGCAGGAUGGCAAGACACAAGCCCCGGUCACGAAGCCUCUGGACAGGCCCUUGCAAGACGAGCCUCUAGAAAAGCUUCCUCGGGACGAUAAAUCGCAGACGACCACACCGGACGCCGGCGACGCUGCCCUCCUGACGAAUCCUCUCGACAUUUUUAUUCACUCGGGCGCCAGCAUGUGCUUUGGCCUGCUCCUCAUCAUUCUCAGCAUGGUACCCCCGGCAAUGUCCCGUCUGCUUUCCAUCAUCGGCUUCCGUGGCGACCGUGCCCGUGGCGUGCGUAUGCUUUGGAGCGCCACCCGCUCCCGCAACGUUAACGGCGCCGUCUCUGGCCUCGUGCUGCUUGGCUACUACAACGGCCUCCUCGGACAAGCCGAUAUCCUGCCUUCAGCUUCUGAUGGGGCGUUUUUCAAGGGCAAGAGCGAUGGCCGCGAAAAGGACGUCAUUGGGAUUCCCCGCGAGAGGUGUGCCGAUUUGCUCGCCGACAUGCGCAUCCGCUAUCCCGAGUCUCGACUGUGGCGGCUGGAGGAGGCGCGCGGCCUCUCGCAAGAUCGCCGUUUGCGCGAGGCCCUCGAGGUGCUGUCGACGGGAGAGGAGGCCAAGAUGCGCCAAGUCGCUGCGUUGAACGCCUUUGAGAUGGGCCUCACCGCCCUGUUUGCCGGUGACUGGGUGCUCACGCGCGACACCUUUCUGCGGUGCCUCGAGCUCAACGACUGGAGCCACUGCCUCUACUACUACAUUGCCGGAUGCGCCGAGCUCGAAAGAUAUCGUGAUGCCGUCCACAAGGAAACGACGAGCAUGAGAUUCGCCGCCGCAAGAAGAAGACGGAGGAGCUGUGGCGCAAGGCCCCCUCGGUGGCCGGCCGCAAGAAGUUCAUGGCCAAGCCGCUGCCGUUUGACCUCUUUGUCCAGCGCAAAGUCGCCAAGCUGGAAGAGCGCGCCAAGGAGAUGGGUGUCGAUCUCGCCGACGCCGCUGCCAGCAGUCCCGCCUGGGAAAUGGCCGCGUUGUGGUGCGGUAUGA